CAACAUCUACAGCCCUGACUGUGCUGAGGAAUGAUGAAGGAAAGUUUGAAAAGGAUUUUUUUGUAUUUUAAAGACUGAAUCUUGUUUGUUUUUGUGAUGUCGCGCAUCAUGAACAGUGAACAGCGCAGAGAAGUGUAGAUUAAUACAGAAUACAAUUAAAUCAAUCUUUUAUUUAUUCAUUAAACAGAAGAAGAAGAAGAAGAAGAAGAAGCAGCGGUGUGUUUUUCUCUCCAGCUGCUGCAGAUCUGAUGAAGCUCAACACCGAGUUUCAUCUAAAAUAAAACCACUGGAUUAAGGUACAAAUGCAGGUCUGAGCAGCAGAAACUGUCUGGGUGAAGAUUAACAGCUGGAACAGCUGGACUCUGAGGGGAUUUCUUACUGCACUGCGGGUCUGUUGUUCUUCUGAAUGAAACCCUGCUGCGGAUUCAAUCAGUCGCCAUGAAGCUCUGAAGCUCUGAAGCUCCUGAACACACAACCAACAUGGGUUACUCUGUUGUAGCUGUCGCCGCUGCCGUAUCAACUCUCGGAGGUUUGGUGUUCGGCUAUGAACUGGGAAUCAUCUCCGGCGCUCUGCUGCAGCUCCAGGUCCAGUUCCAGCUGAGCUGUGUCCAGCAGGAGGCCGUGGUCAGCUCCCUCCUCAUCGGAGCCGUUCUGGCUUCUGUUAUCAGCGGCUGGCUGAUCGACCGUCACGGCAGGAGGACGUCCAUCUUGCUCAGUAACCUCCUGAUCAUCGGCGGGAGCCUGAUCCUGAGUGUUAGCGUCUCGUUUCCGAUGCUAAUCUCUGGCCGUGUCAUGGUGGGCUUCUCCAUGUGCGUAUCCUCAAUGUCCUGCUGCAUCUUCGUCUCUGAGAUGGUUUCGCCUGAACGCAGAGGUCUGAUGGUCACUCUGUAUGAAGUCGGUGUCACGGUUGGGAUUUUGCUCGCGUACGCAGUCAACUACGUCUUAUCUGGAGCUCAGGACGGAUGGAGGUACAUGUUCGGGUUGGCCGUCGCGCCGUCAUUUGCGCAGUUGGUUUCGAUUUGGGUUCUGCCUUCUCAGCACACGCCGAUCGUACAGCUCCUGAACGAGAGCGGUGAAAAUGGGACUUUAAAUGGAGCACGAACGCAUGAGAAGGUGUACACAAUCGUACAUCUGUUUCAGCGCCGGGAUAACAUGCGCACCAGGACUGCGAUCGGUCUCGGGUUGGUGGUGUUCCAGCAGUUCACGGGUCAGCCCAACGUGCUCUUCUACGCCUCCACCGUCUUUCAGUCUGUGGGAUUCGAGAGCGACGCAUCUGCCGUGUUGGCGUCGCUCGGCCUCGGGGUCAUUAAAGUCAUCGCAACAUUAGCGGCGAUGUUCUGCGCGGAUAAAGUCGGACGGAGGCCGCUUCUGAUUGGCGGAUGCUCUGUCAUGGCUGUCGGUUUGAUGAUUAUUGGAUUCCUGAGCAGACAUUCGGAGUUUGAUGCGGUGAGACACUGCAGCUCUCGUUUAAACAACACCGCGUUACCUGAGACUGGAAAUAACACCGCUAGCGCUGGACGUUUGGACGCGACUGCACUUCCUCACGACGCAGGAAAGUUUAAUUGGAUUAUUCUGUUCUGCAUGAUGGCUGUUGUCGCCGCCUUCUCCAUGGGCUUCGGUCCAAUGACGUGGGUCGUGCUGAGUGAAAUUUUCCCAGCAGAUGUGCGAGGACGAGCGUUUGCCUUCAGCAGCUGCUUUAACUGGACGGCCAACCUGAUCGUCACCUUCUCCUUCCUCAACGUGAUAGAUGUGAUGGGUCUUUCCGGAACGUUCUUCGCGUACGGCGUGAUCGCAGUAGCAGCCGUCGUUUUUAUCUACCUCCUUCUACCAGAGACUAAAGGCAAAGCGCUGCAGGACAUCGACAGGGAGCUGUGCCAAAGACGAUUUCCUCACAGAGAAGAAUUCUGCAGUGUUUUCCAGAGAAGACGAUUUUCACCCGGAUAUCACAGAGUCUCCUGGACGAGUUCAUCGAUAUAACGUUCAAAAACCUGAAGUUUUAUUUUAAUGUGAUAAAAUGAGCUGAUAACGAUGAUAACGAGGUGAUAAUCAUGUGGAACGUGUUGACAGAAAAUCUUUGAAGUUUUUAUUGUAAUAAAGUUCAUGAUGCAGUUUUUUUGGUCUUGAUCUGUUUACCAGCUGUUUAAUUUUUUUUUCUUCCCUCCACUUUUUUUGUUAAAUUAUU